GGUUUCUAACUGCAGUCUAAAUUAGAAACAAGGUUGCCUUCGUGGCUAGAACAAAGAACAAAUUGACCUAAACAUGGGAUAGGCUAACUGUAACACCAUUAAUGUGAACGAUCCAAGGUCCCAAGUUUGAUUUCCAGAUAGCGUAAUUAUCGUCCACGGGGUCCCAAUAUUCAGGUGACUGUGUGACGACCCAUUUAGUAACACUCCUUGGUUAGAUGUGUAUCCUAGUCCUGCUUGCAGGAGGACGUUCAUGGCAAGCUUCCCAUCGAAGGCCUUCGAUUGAUCAUCGACGAAGGUGGCGGCCUACCAAAUAAUCCCGUGGCUGCAAUGAAGUUGACAAAUUAUACUAACAACAUCUGGUUGAAGAGAGUUAUAUUUGACUUAAGAACUUCAUUACACAGGCUGUGGAUUUGGGAUUUGGAAUCAGUUGACAUUGUACUCUGGCAUAUUCCUGUCCGGCUUGAUGGGAAAUUGCAAAAGACAAAAAGGAAACCGGAAUUCAACUUUCACGUUACUAAAGAUCUCAGAGGGCUCUACAGUUCAUAUAUAAAAAAAAGGUCUAACAGAAAAGAAAAUCUCGAAAAAGGCUCUCUAUUUUUUUCCCGCGAAAAGAAAAAAAGCGCGAAAGCUCGAAGGGACCAGUACCGGACUACCAGAAAGCCACCCGCCAUACAAAACGACCACGUUUCGGAUAUUAUUAUUUUUAUACAGAUGAUUAAAAUAAAGCAAAAGAAUUGACGGUGAGGAGUGAAUGGGCUACAAACGGGCCUGGCCUGGCCCACAUUACCCCCUAUCCCCAUGCAUUUCCCCACGGCACACGUACCGCUCUCCUUCGCUCGUUCGUUCCCUUUUUUAUCGUUUUCCGUUUACUGGCAAAGCAAAGCCAAAUUGAAUUAUUACGGCCAACUGAAAUUUCCCUAACAGCCUUUUACCAUUUUUACAUACUAUUUCGGAUAAUGAUUAUUUUCUAAUUUUAUUAUUGCUUCUAGGCUCUAGCUAAUUUUCUUAUACAUGUUUUUAUUUAUUUAUGGUUUUAUUUAUUUAUGGUUUUAUUUAAAUAGUUAAAAAUAUCUUAGUCUAGAAGAAAAUAAUAAUAAUAAUAAUAAUAGUAAAGACAUUCAAAUUUUCUUCCCUAGAAGAAAAUAGAAAAAAUUCCGCGCAGAAAUAUCUCUAACCUCCCUCUCCUCUUCUUUCUCUCACUUCCCGCUUCUCUCGCCUGCGCCCAUGGCUUCUCCACUGAAACCCGCUCACUAGAUCUGCCUCCCAAACCCUCUCAUAUCCCCCUCCACCUGCUCCUCUCUGUCCCCCGCUGUUACUUCUGCGAUCUCUCUUUUCUCUCCUCUGCUGCAGAGAGAAAGCUAGAGAAUCAAACAGCGGAAAACCCCGAACGAAAAUGGUGUACUACACCAUUUCAGGAAUCCGCCUCCCUUGCGUCCCGUCCGUCCAUCACAGCUCUCACAGGAAUUCGUCCUCCGUCGCCGGGAACGCCGCCACCGCGCUGUCUUUCCCCUUGAGGAACCACUCGCGCUCGAGGAAGAUUGUUGCUGGAAGUUCUUCAUAUGACUCUGAGGCUUCGAAGUUGACGACAACCAAAUCCGGAAAGGUUCUUGUUCCCGGUGGUGGAUCCUCUUCCACGACGAAUGUUCUUGUUCCGGGAGCCAAACCCCCUUCCUCUAUAGAUCAAUUAGAGACUUCAGACAUUGUUUCGGAGGAUUCCAAGGUCAUUCAUGAGGUACCAGAAAGCUCAACAAAGGUAGGUGUUACGGGUAUGGAAGUCUUGAACGAACAGGAGAAAAUUGCUGUGUUGCCAGGCACAAGAGAUAAAACUGACAAGAGAACAGUUCCUCCACCUGGUGCUGGGCAGAGAAUAUAUGACAUAGAUCCAGUUUUGUCUGGUUUCCGCCAGCAUCUUGAUUACAGAUAUUCGCAGUACAAAAGAAUACGUGCAGAAAUUGACAAGUGUGAAGGUGGAUUGGAGCAAUUUUCACGAGGCUAUGAAAAGUUUGGAUUUAUACGCAGUGAGACAGGGAUAACAUAUAGAGAAUGGGCACCUGGAGCAACAAGCGCAGCAUUAAUAGGAGAUUUCAACAACUGGAAUCCCAAUGCAGAUGUCAUGGCUAGGAAUGAGUUUGGUGUGUGGGAGAUCUUUUUGCCCAACAAUGCAGAUGGUUCACCGCCAAUUCCCCAUGGUUCAAGGGUGAAGAUACGUAUGGAUACUCCAUCUGGCUUGAAGGAUUCUAUUCCUGCUUGGAUUAAGUUUGCUGUACAAGCUCCUGGAGAAAUCCCAUACAAUGGCAUCUACUAUGACCCACCAGAAGAGGAGAAGCAUGUAUUUAAGCAUCCACAACCCAAAAAACCAAAAUCGCUGAGGAUUUACGAGUCACAUGUUGGAAUGAGCAGUACGGAACCAAAGAUCAACACAUAUGCUAACUUCAGAGAUGAAGUGCUGCCCCGCAUCAAGAAGCUCGGCUAUAAUGCUGUUCAAAUCAUGGCUAUUCAGGAGCACUCAUAUUAUGCCAGCUUCGGCUACCAUGUCACGAACUUUUUUGCGCCUAGCAGUCGUUUUGGGACACCAGAUGACUUGAAGUCUCUGAUUGAUAAAGCUCACGAGCUAGGUCUACUUGUUCUCAUGGAUAUUGUUCACAGCCAUGCAUCAAAUAACACGUUGGAUGGGCUGAACAUGUUUGAUGGGACUGAUUCCCACUACUUCCACUCUGGAUCGCGGGGACAUCAUUGGAUGUGGGACUCUCGCCUUUUCAACUACGGAAGCUGGGAGGUUGUUAGAUACCUUCUAUCAAAUGCAAGAUGGUGGUUGGACGAGUAUAAAUUUGAUGGGUUCAGAUUUGAUGGUGUUACUUCAAUGAUGUACACUCAUCAUGGAUUGCAGAUGACUUUUACAGGAAACUACAACGAGUACUUUGGAUUUGCAACUGAUGUAGAUGCUGUCGUCUAUCUGAUGCUUGUUAAUGAUUUGAUUCAUGGCCUUUUCCCCGAGGCCGUCUCCAUUGGUGAAGAUGUUAGUGGAAUGCCUACAUUUUGCGUUCCUAUCGAAGAUGGUGGUGUGGGAUUCGAUUACCGUCUCCAUAUGGCCGUUGCUGAUAAAUGGAUUGAGCUUCUACAGAAGAGAGAUGAAGACUGGAGAAUGGGCGAUAUAAUUCACACCUUGACUAACAGAAGGUGGUUGGAGAAAUGUGUCUCAUACGCAGAAAGUCAUGAUCAAGCUCUUGUUGGCGACAAGACUAUUGCCUUCUGGUUGAUGGACAAGGAUAUGUACGACUUCAUGGCUCUUGACCGGCCAGCCACUCCUCUCAUUGAUCGAGGCAUAGCAUUGCACAAAAUGAUCAGACUUAUCACCAUGGCAUUGGGCGGUGAAGGAUAUUUGAAUUUCAUGGGAAAUGAAUUCGGACAUCCUGAGUGGAUUGAUUUCCCAAGAGGCGAGCAGCAUCUUCCUAAUGGCAAAGUUGUUCCAGGGAACAACAACAGUUUUGAUAAAUGCCGACGUAGAUUUGAUCUGGGGGACGCAGAAUAUCUAAGGUACCAUGGGUUGCAAGAAUUCGAUCGGGCAAUGCAUCACCUUGAAGGAACCUAUGGCUUCAUGACUGACAUUCACCAGUACAUAUCGAGAAAAGACGAAGGUGAUAGGGUGAUCGUGUUUGAGAGAGGGAACCUUGUGUUCGUCUUCAACUUCCACUGGAACAAAAGCUACUCCGACUACAGAAUCGGCUGCCACAAGACUGGAAAGUACAAGAUUGUUUUGGACUCGGAUGAUGCACUCUUCGGAGGCUUCGACAGACUUGAUCACAAUGCCGAAUACUUCACCUUCGACGGUUGGUACGACGACAGGCCUCGAUCCAUCAUGGUUUACGCCCCAGCAAGAACAGCAGUAGUCUACGCUUUGGUGGAGGAUAAACCUCAAUCUGCUCCCCUCGAGAUCGAAUCAGCUGCUGCUUCCAUCAAAGAGGACGAGCCAGAACCCGAAGCACCCAAGGCAGCAGCAGAGCUGGAUGCUGCAUCAGAGCUCAUCCAGAGCUAAGAAUAAUCGGCACUCAGAUCUCGUUGGCUCUACAGCUGCAUGGAAAGGCCACAGAUACAGUCGCAGCUGCAAAAUGAUGCUUACUACUUCAGCUCUCUAGAUUCCAAUUCUCAUGGCAAUCUAGCUCUGCAAGCAGUUCAUCCGGAGACGACGUGACAAGGCGAAGAAGCAGAGAGGGAGGGGUGGACAACUUAGGCUUCAUGGCAUUGGUGAAGCCGUCACUCUGCUUCAAUUGGCCUAGUCUAGUAACGUAGAGGCGUAAUUAAUGAUGUUAGCUCAACUCUAAAAUCGUAUUAGCAAUAAUCUAAUUUAUUAUCACUAGUCUAUUGUACAGAGAAUGCCUCAUAAAAUCAUAAUACUGCGCCUUGCCAUGUAGUCGAUCAUAAUAAUAUCUCAUUCUAUCA